AUGUGCACCUCAAUUUUCUGCUUCUCUUGUUUCAGUGCAUUGACACCGUUUGGCAUUCAUAGCGGUCAGGAGAUGGACGCGACCGCUACUUUGCCGCACAUAAUAAACUUCAACGAUGAUGAGCUCCAUAAAACAUGUUUUGCAAGUUUCGAACACAUGCGACGCAAAGGAAAGCUGUGCGAUAUCACGUUGAUUUCGGAAUCGAAACGAUUUGCUGCACACAAAAUAGUACUAGCAGCGACAAUCCCAUUUUUCAACGGGAUGUUUCUCAGCAACAUGUCCGAGUCGAACAAGAAUGAGAUUUCCAUUUUGGGUGUUGAUGCUAUUGCCCUAGAGGCUUUCGUAGGAUUUGCAUACAUCGGUUCAAUUCAGAUCACUCCGUCGAAUGUGCAGUCGCUGCUGAUAGGAGCAAGUUUUCUACAAGUGAAUAGUAUCCGCAACAUUUGCUGCAAGUACAUUGAAGAAAGAUUGUCACCGUCCACAGUUCUGGCUGCGCGCAGCUUUGCACGAAGCCUCAUGUGCAAUCAUCUGGCAUUGGCAUGUGAUAACUACCUUUUCGAUCACUUCGGCUCAGUGUCUCAGAACGAGGCUUUUCUCAGGAUUGAUGGGAACGACCUGCUCACUCUUCUGGAGUCAGAUGAAUUGAGUGUGGCAAACGAAGAGCGGUUAUUUGAACUGGUCAUUGCAUGGGUGGAAUACGAGGAAAAACCCCACAAAAGCGAGCCGCUUAUGUUGGAACAAGCCCCUCUCUCCGCAGACAAACAAGGUGCAACUUCGGUUUCCAUCACCGAUGAUCCUCCGUGUCUCGACAGUCGUGGCGCAUCACCGGUCGGCCACUUGUCUUGUUCUCCUUGUCGACCUUCCUGGUUUUCGGAACCGAGCUUAUCUUUACUUAGGAGCACUUUCGGCCUUCAUUCGACAGCGAAGCCGUCACAGAGUCGCGUCGAUCUCCUUCCAGAGCUGCUCAAACGCAUUCGCUUGCCACUCAUAUCGGCCAAUUACAUAUCCUCAGUGAUCUCGAAACAUAGGCUGAUUCGGGAGAAUAUUCAAUGCAGAGAUUUGCUGGAUGAAGUACGUGAUAUGCUACUUCUUCGUGAUCGAGUUUCCAGCUCUUUCUGUUGCCGACCUCGUCGCGGACAAGAGGUGUUCGGGAUCAUCUACGCAGUCGGUGGCCUGACAUCCAACGGUGAUUGCCAUGGUAUUGUGGAGACGUAUCAUCCCUCUAUUGGCCGAUGGGAGCUCGCUGAACAUAUGCCAUCUCAGCGUAGCCGUAUUGGUGUGAUUGCUCUUAAUGGCCUACUUUACGCGAUCGGUGGCUUCGACGGCACAAGCCGUCUCAACACAACUGAGGUGUAUGAUCCACGAACGAAAGUAUGGCGAACUGUCGCCCCGAUGAACUACAAACGUAGCGCUCUGGGCGCAGCUGCUUUGGACGGUCGCAUCUACGUGUGCGGCGGCUACGAUGGCGUAGCUUCACUGCGCACUUGCGAAGUAUACUACCCACAGCAAAACAAAUGGCUCAUCGUUUCGAGCAUGAACGAGCCUAGAUCAGCAGGCGGGCUAGUUGCUUUGAACAAUGGCUGUUUAUACGCUGUCGGAGGGCACAAUGGUCUGGCCAUCUACUCUUCAGUCGAGUGCUACCAUCCUCGAGCUGUCGGUCCUGCGGCGGCUGCUAUGCAGCUGACCAGCGGAGACGGUGUCAACAGUUCAAAUGUGACCGGCCCGACAUCGCAUCGUUCCUCCGCAACCUCAACUCCUUGGCAACCGGUCGCCCGUAUGCUGUAUCGGCGUUGCCGUCACGGGGUGACAGUGCUGCACAAUCGAAUCAUCGUUGCCGGUGGUUACAAUGGGGUGACUUUCUUACGCAAUGUGGAAGUCUUUGACCCAUCCGCCGGACCCGAUGCGAAUGGGAUUAUGGGUCAAUGGACGGAGAUCGCCUCUCUUGAAGUUCCCCGCUCUCGAGUCGGUUUGGCCGUCACUGGUGGUCGCUUGUACGCUAUCGGAGGUUACGACGGGAUCACGCAUUUGCGCACAGUAGAAUGCUUCCAUCCGCCUUCCAGCGAUGCUGAUAAUUAUGUCCUGGGUGCUUCUGACACUGUAUCGCUGCCGGACACUACAAGGCGGCGGAGGUCGACACCUGCGCAAACGACUAACCAGAAUGCGUCCAGUACAACUUCACAUCCGCUCACCUCCAGCAGCUACUCGACCAGCACGGAUGAAGAUGACGACGACGUCUCAUCUCCAUCCAACCAAUCGACGUCCGAAUCUGCGUCCACCAGCCAGUCACAGAGCCAUCAACCUACUAAUCAGUCCCGCUCGGCGUCAAAGCAAGGAACAGCACCACCUGAUUCUCGCCUGCAUGGAUCAGCAGGAGCAUUCGCCAACUGGGUUUGGACACCGGCCGCAUCGCUGAUCGCUCAUGAAGGUUGGGUCGGUGUCGGCGUUUUGCCACUCGAUGACGCCUCUCCUGCUUUACUCAUGCCAUCGAAACCCCCUGAUGCCCCUUUGUUCAAUGCGGCUGCAUGCAGUCCUCCUUCGAGACCCUGCUCAUCGGUUGAGAGUGGCUUUUGGUCUUGGACUCAGCCGAUGUAA